ACCGCCUCCUUCAUUCACCGGAGACUGAAGGACAUUGACGGGUUUCAGUGAGAGAUUGCUGUGUACUUUUGAACGUCUCAGUGACAUUUGAAUCAUGAAGAUCACGGACAGUAAUGUGAUCCGGUUUCACCUUCAAAUCCUCCAUGGGAUAACUGUGAGGAGCAUUGAGAAGAGAAAGGAGAGACCGUUCAUCGGUGGUUCAAAGAUCUUUGGAAUUCCUCUGGAGAAUUUAACCAGGAAAUACAUUCCUGAGUUUGGACUGGUUCCCUGCUUUCUGGUGGACGCUUGUUCCUUUCUUCUGGAGCGUGCUGGGACUGUGGGCCUGUUCAGAAAAUCAGGCUCUCUUCCUCGCAUCAAGACCCUUAGGGCCAAGUUGAAUAGAGGAGAGGGUUGUCUGUCCACAGCCCUCCCUUACGAUGUUUCCACGCUGAUCAAGCAGUUCUGCAGGGAGCUGCCGGAGCCUCUGCUGCCCCCCGAGCUGCACGCUGCUCUGCUCAAAGCCCAGGCAUUAUCCAGCCAGCAGGAUAGGACCUCCGCCCUGCAGCUGCUGUCUUGUCUGCUGCCUGCCAGAAACUCCUCCUGUCUGCAUUACCUGUUCGACUUCCUCUCCAAAAUCUCUGAGAGAUGCUCUGAAAACCUGAUGACCUGCUCCAACCUCGCCACAGUCUUCGCUCCGUGUCUUUUACCGCCUCCAAACAAGGCGGAAAUGUCUGAAGGGCGACUUAAACUCAGAGUUCUCGUCCUACACACCUUCACUGAAAGUCCUCACUUAUUUGGUGUGAUUCCCAAAUCCGUUAUGGACACUAUGGAGUUUCUGAUCAACUUCCCUCUUCUAAAGCACCCAAGGGGAGGACACAGAAAGCACAGUUUGAAAGUGAAGACGAUGCCCUGGAUUCCAGCGACGUCAAAGGUCAAGCCGGCCGUCUCUGAGCAGAGCAAAGAGUCCACAUCCACAGAAAAACCCACGCUCCGGAGAAGCCUCGGUCUGGAGACUUUCCCCAACGUCCUGAUGUUUAGGACCUUGUAUGCCUUGUGCAGACCAAAGUUUCAAGCCUGAAGCAGCUUUGUCGGACAGCCUUGAUGUCAAUGAGGCAUGUGAAUCCCCACAAGAGAGACCAAAAAGAGACCUGCGCUUUGUUAGCUUCUCACGAAUUACCAGAGGACACGAUGCAGGGAGCGCUCCUGUUCUCACUGGUGUCGGGAAACUCACACCUUGGAGAAAACGCUUUUCCAUUUAAUUUUAAGGAUAUUAAUACUUAAUGUGGGUUGCUCUGUGUUACUGCAGCAUAUCGGCAUUAACUGGGUGGUUUAGUGUCCUUAUCAUUUUAAACAUUUUAAUGAAUGUAUGUAUUUUACUAUUUAUUUGAGAACAGGACUUUUGUAGGUGAACUUUCACCAUACUUUCAUAUCAAGCGAAUAAAUGUUCUAGUUUUUUUAAAA